GAUUAUAUAUUAUUAUUAAAAUGGGGUGCUAAAAUAUUGCGCCAAAAUAUAAUUUCUUUUUUCGUAAAGGGGGGGGAGAGGGGGAUUAACAUGUUAUUGAGAGUGAAAGGUAUUAUUAAGUCAAAAAAUAAUAAUUUUUGUAUAAGAACAACAGAAAACAACAAAAAUAAUAACGAAUUAAUACCCCACCCUCAACCCCAAACUCAACAACCCCAACAACCUUUAUUAAAUUAUUUAUUAAAUAAUAACAAUUUAACACCAAAAAUAAAUAAUAAUUUAAAUAAUUCUUCUUCAAAUCCAUCAAAAAGACACAGAGAACGUUUAAAUGGAGAAUUAGAAACUGUUGCUUCCCUUUUACCUUAUGAUGAGUCCACAAUACAAAGACUGGAUAAAUUGUCUGUUCUACGUUUAGCUGUUUCUUACCUCCAAAUUAAAGCUCACUUUCAAGUUUGUUCCCAAUUAGCAUUAUUACAACCAAAUGGACGGUGUUUUUCUCAUCCAUAUUUUAAAACAACAACAACAAAUAACAACAACAAUAAUUCUUCAUUCUUUUCUGUUCCAAGUUUAUUUAAUUCUUUCCAUCAAAUUCCAAUUAUUGACACAAAUGAACCUUUUUAUUCAUCUUUAGCACAGAAAGCAUUAGGUGCUUUUUUACUUAUUUUACAUUUGGAUGGAGAUAUUUUUUAUGUAACAGAAAGUAUAGAAAUUUAUUUAGGGUUUCAACAGUCAGAUAUUUUACAUCAAUCACUUUUUGAAAUGAUUCAUUCAGAAGAUCGAGAAGAACUUCGGUCUUUACUCCAACGAUUACAGCAAUUAUCAUCUGAAGAAAAUAAUGAAAAUUUGGCUACUCAAUGGGAUAUUCCAAUUGUUUUGCGUUUUAGAUGUUUAUUGGAUAAUACUUGUGGAUUUGUCCGUGUAGAAUUAAAAACAAAAAUUUUAAAACUUCAUUCCCAUCAAAAUAACGGCCUUUCUUCUUUUAUUUCCCCUCAAUUUCCCCAACAAAAUGGUAGGGGACGGCGACAACAACAACAAACAACUUCGAGAUUGGAGGAAUUAAAUGGAAUUGAAGGAUCAUAUUCUCCUUUAAUUAAUUCAUUUAAACGUUGGGGGUGGGCAUUAAUUGCUAUUUGUAUGUAUGUAUUUAAUUAA